AUGAUCAAUUUACUUGCUAUUGUCUUCAACCCUUGGAUUAGACUCGAUGCUCUGGGACAUCAUUUGACGACGUAUUAUGAUCAGUUAGUCGUCCCGGUCAAAGAUGAGCAUUCGCCUGAACCAACUCUUAUCGAGAACGACAUUAGACAGCACUUGAAUAAUUUCUACCACGAGUACAAGUCCAAGUAUGGUGAAAAGUUUACCGAACCCGAACCCAAAACACAGGAUACUGGGAAUAGUGCGAAGAAGUUCAAGUGCUAUGAAGAUUUUAUGAAGAAAGUGUUGGAAGAGAAGAGAAGAGAAAGGAAAAAAUUCCUAGAACACGAGCUCGAGAAUUAUCUAGAGACUCCGUUCACUGCUAAUAUCGAGCAUACGCUACAAUGGUGGCAUGCAAGCGAAGACAGGUUCCCGGUGAUAUCAAGGAUGGCAAAAGAGGUUCUCGCUUGUCCGGCCUCGACAGUUGCCCAGGAGCAAGUAUUUCACACAGAGGGCAACAUAUUGAGCGAGAAACAAUCAACUAUGUCUCCCGAUUGCUUAGAGGCCCAAUUAUGUCUAGGCGACUGGAUCAAGGCUGGGAAGAUAACGCAUACGAGGGACCAAGCAAUCCUUAUAUGGUGGAGUAAACCAGGCGACUCUCAGUAA